AUGCUUCUCUAUCGUGGUCUUCUGCUUCUUCUGCACGUUCUGCUUGUGCACUCGGCUGCGCUCCAGCCGCGUCUCUCGACAGCCACUCGUGAGACAUGCCAGACGAGUCUGAAAUGCCCUGAGGGCACGAUCAUCGUGUCCAACUCGUCGCACCCCGCCGCUCAAUUCAAGUCUAUCCAGGCUGCGUUUGCCUCCCUGCCCAACGACAACUCCUCCCACACCAUUCUGGUGCUUGCAGGAACCUACCAUGAGCAACUCAACCUGACGCGCCCGGGCCCGGUCACUCUGCUCGGCCAGCAACCCGAUCGCAGCGCUCUUACUGACCCUACUCGCAACCGCGUCACCAUCACCUGGGCUGCUGCCAACCAGGACAACACCGGCCAGUCGGUGGACAAUGUCUACUCUAGCGUGUUGAUCGUCUCGCCCACCCUGGACGCCAGCCUGACUGGGUCGGGUACCACGGGGUUUGCUGUUCCCGCGGACACGCCGUUUGGCAACACCGACUUCCGAGUGUACAACAUCGACUUUCGCAACCUGUGGGCCGAGUACAGCGAUGGGCCUGCCCAUGCGAUCAGCUUCAGCCGUGCCAACGGAGGCUUCUACUACUCUGGCUUUUACUCCUACCAGGACACCGUCUACAUUGGCAAACUCGGCAAUGCCUACUUCCACAAGUCCGUGAUCGCCGGCCAAACCGACUUCCUGUAUGGGUUUGGCACGGCCUGGAUCCAAUCGUCCUCCAUUCUUCUGAGAUCGUGCGGCGGCGGCAUCACGGCGUGGAAGGGCACGAACACGACGUUCGAGAACAACUACGGCGUGUACAUCGUCGACUCGACUGUCAACGCCGCCAACUCGUCCCUGGUGUCGGAGAUCAAGGGCCAAUGUGCGCUCGGCCGGCCGUGGAACUCGCUGCACCGGUCCAUCUUUGUGAACAGCUACGAGGACGGCAGCAUCGAGCCGUCCGGCUACAUCAACUGGGAGGACCGGUGGGCGGCCAACCAGACGCUGAUGGCCGAGUACCGCGCCUACGGGCCGGGCUUCAAUGCCACGGGCCGGAAGGCGGGCGGGGUGGCGGUCCUGCUGGAUGCGCAGGAGUACAAGCGGUACGAUUCGUUGGAGAAGGUGUUCCUGACGCCGGAGGGCGCGGCGGGCAACAUUGCGUGGAUUGAUUGGGAUAUCGCCGGCAAGGACUGA